GUACGCAGGCGCGCACGCAGCUAGGCGUGCGGAGUUGAGGGGAGGGGGCGGCGGCAGGGGAGGCGUCGUUAUUUCCGCGGUCUGCUCGGUGCGUGGCGGCGCGGUAGCCACUGGAGUGGUUGGCAGGGACCGCCCGUGCGGAGCCAUUGAGACUUCCUGUCUCCCGUGUGUGAGCGCUCAGACCCCGCUCUUGUGGCAGAUCCUGGGGACGCCAGGUCACCCUGCGGCCCCGGUCGUACCGCCGCGCCUCAGGUAGGAGCUCAUUUUGCAGGCAUAAUGGUGAUGAAAGCGUCCGUGGAAGACGAUGAUUCAGGAUGGGAGCUCAGCAUACCAGAAAAGAUGGAUAAAAGCAGUGCAAACUGGGUGGACAUAACUCAAGAUUUUGUACAAGCUUGCGGAGAAUUAAAGUUGGGAGAACUGCUUCAUGAUAAGCUAUUUGGUCUUUUUGAAGCCAUGUCUGCCAUUGAAAUGAUGGAUCCCAAGAUGGAUGCUGGCAUGAUUGGAAACCAAGUUAAUCGAAAAGUUCUCAAUUUUGAACAAGCUAUCCAGGAAGGCACCAUUAAAAUUAAAGACCUCACCUUGCCUGAAUUGAUAGGAAUAAUGGAUACGUGUUUUUGCUGUUUGAUAACAUGGUUAGAAGGCCACUCCAUGGCACAGACAGUCUUUACAUGUCUUUACGUUCAUAAUCCAGACUUUAUAGAAGAUCCUGCCAUGAAAGCUUUUGCUCUCGGAAUCUUGAAAAUCUGUGACAUUGCAAGGGAAAAAGUAAAUAAAGCUGCUGUUUUUGAAGAGGAAGAUUUUCAGUCAAUGACUUACGGAUUUAAAAUGGCUAACAGUGUGACGGAUCUUCGAGUUACAGGCAUGCUAAAGGAUGUGGAGGAUGACUUGCAAAGAAGAGUAAAGAGUACUCGAAGUCGACAAGGAGAAGAAAGAGAUCCAGAAGUUGAACUAGAACACCAACAGUGUUUAGCAGUAUUCAGCAGGAUGAAAUUUAUUCGAGUGUUACUGACAGUGCUUAUAGCCUUUACUAAGAAAGAGACCAGUGCUGUUGCAGAAGCUCAAAAAUUGAUGGUUCAAGCAGCAGAUCUUCUUUCUGUCAUUCAUAAUUCAUUGCAUCAUGGCAUCCAGGCCCAGAAUGAUACUACAAAAGGAGAUCAUCCAAUUAUGAUGGGCUUUGAGCCCCUUGUUAACCAGAGGCUACUUCCACCUACCUUCCCUCGAUAUGCAAAAAUAAUUAAAAGGGAAGAAAUGGUCAACUAUUUUGCAAGAUUAAUAGAUAGAAUAAAAACUGUCUGUGAAGUCGUCAAUUUAACAAAUUUACAUUGUAUCCUGGAUUUUUUCUGUGAGUUUAGUGAACAAUCACCUUGUGUUCUUUCAAGAUCUCUGUUACAAACCACUUUCUUGGUGGAUAACAAAAAGGUCUUUGGAACUCACCUCAUGCAAGACAUGGUGAAAGAUGCACUUCGAUCUUUUGUCAGUCCUCCAGUGCUUUCCCCAAAGUGCUGCCUAUAUAAUAACCACCAGGCUAAGGAUUGUAUUGAUUCCUUUGUUACUCACUGUGUUCGGCCUUUCUGUAGUCUUAUUCAGAUCCAUGGGCAUAAUAGGGCUCGACAGAGAGACAAGCUCGGUCAUAUUCUCGAGGAAUUUGCUACCUUGCAGGAUGAGGCAGAGAAGGUUGAUGCCGCUCUUCACACCAUGCUGUUGAAACAGGAACCCCAAAGGCAACAUUUGGCCUGCUUAGGUACCUGGGUCCUUUACCAUAACCUCAAAAUUAUGAUACAGUAUCUUCUCAGUGGCUUUGAACUGGAGCUCUACAGCAUGCACGAGUACUACUACAUAUAUUGGUAUCUGUCUGAAUUCCUUUAUGCAUGGUUGAUGUCGACAUUAAGUCGUGCUGAUGGCUCUCAAAUGGCAGAGGAACGGAUAAUGGAAGAGCAGCAGAAGGGCCGUAGCAGUAAAAAGACAAAGAAAAAGAAGAAAGUUCGCCCUUUGAGCCGAGAAAUCACAAUGAGCCAGGCCUAUCAGAACAUGUGUGCUGGAAUGUUUAAGACCAUGGUAGCAUUUGACAUGGAUGGCAAAGUACGAAAACCCAAGUUUGAGCUUGAUAGCGAACAAGUUCGAUAUGAGCACAGAUUUGCUCCAUUCAACAGCGUAAUGACACCACCCCCAGUGCACUAUCUGCAGUUCAAGGAAAUGUCUGACCUCAAUAAAUACAGCCCUCCCCCCCAGUCUCCAGAACUGUACGUGGCAGCUAGCAAGCACUUCCAGCAGGCCAAAAUGAUCCUGGAGAACCUUCCGAACCCCGACCGCGAGGUCAAUAGAAUUUUAAAGGUUGCCAAACCCAAUUUUGUGGUUAUGAAGUUACUGGCAGGAGGACACAAAAAGGAAUCUAAGGUUCCUCCUGAAUUUGAUUUCUCUGCUCACAAAUAUUUUCCUGUUGUGAAACUUGUUUGAGACUGACAGGUGAUCAUAAAGGAGUAAAAUCUUUCAGAUUCUACUUUUUAGGACCCACCCAUCAGUCUUACCAUAUAACAUGAAGUGACAUGGAUUUCUUGGAUGACAAACCAUUAUGAGGAAUUUUUAUUUUGACAGCCUUAUAUGACGUGAAUGAAAACUGCUGUUUUAAAGUGGUUUAUUAUGUCUGUGGAUGAAACUGAUCCCGUUGAAUGCAUUGAUGAACGUUAUAUGGUUUUGUUACAGAUUUAAUGAUAAAUCAUUUUUUAUAAAUGAUUGAGUGAAAAUAGUGUUUAUAAAGGUUAAUAAAUAUGACCAAAACGUGUUACUGGAGAUAAAA